CCCUCGAUCUAGGGUUUCCGGCGCCAAUGGCGGACGCGCGCGGGGGCUGGUCGUGGGACGUCCCGUCCUUCCAGCCGCCGCAGCCGCAGCCGGCGCCGCUCGCGCCGCCCACCGCCAUGCCCCGCGCGCCGCCGACCGCCAUGGCGGGCCGCUCCUCCGAGGGCCCGCCCCGCGUGCUCGGCUGCAUGCCCGUCGCCGACCGCCUCGACCAGCUCGCCGACAGCGUCCAGCUUGCUAGAGAGGACUGCUUGGAACUUAGACAAGAAGCUAGUGACCUUCUUGAGUAUUCCAAUGCAAAACUCGGCCGCGUCACUCGCUAUCUUGGAUUUCUUGCAGAUAGAACUCGAAAACUAGAUGAAGCUGCACUUGAAACUGAAACUAGAAUCACUCCAUUGAUUAAUGAGAAGAAAAGGCUUUUCAAUGACUUGCUGACCUUGAAAGGCAACGUCAAAGUGUUCUGCCGUAGCAGACCAUUAUUUGAAGAUGAGGGUCCAUCAGCAGUUGAGUUUCCAGAUGAUUUUACUAUCCGAGUAAACACUGGAGAUGAGUCUUUAACCAACCCUAAGAAGGAUUAUGAGUUUGACAGGGUAUAUGGACCCCACAUUGGGCAAGGUGAACUUUUCCAUGAUGUUCAACCGUUCGUGCAAUCUGCCUUGGAUGGCCACAAUAUCUCCAUAUUCGCCUAUGGUCAAAGCCGCUCUGGAAAGACACAUACACUGGAAGGAUCUAGCCAUGAUCGUGGUUUAUAUCUGCGUUGUUUUGAGGAGCUGUUUGAUCUUUCAAACUCAGAUACUACAUCCACCUCUCACUUCAACUUCUAUUUUACUGCAUGUGAACUCUACAAUGAUCAGGUUCGGGAUCUGCUGACAGAAUCUAGAAGCACGGUCCCAAAAGUUCGCAUGGGUGUGCAAGAUUCCUUUGUGGAACUUGUGCAGGAGAAGGUUGAGAAUCCAUUGGAAUUUUCUGGAGCCCUAAAGACAGCACUUCAAAAUCAGUCUGUAAAGUCAGUGAAGGCCAUGGUAUCUCACCUGAUCAUUACCAUCCAUAUACACUACAGAAAUUAUGUAACAGGAGAACACCUAUACAGUAAGCUUUCUCUAGUGGAUCUGCCAGCAAGCGAAUGCCUUCUCGAAGAAGAUGCCAAUAGAGAUGAUGUAACGGACUGUUUGCAUGUCUCAAAGUCACUUUCUGCGUUGGGUGAUGCUUUGGCCUCUUUAAGUGCAAAGAAGGAGCCUGUUCUGUCUGGAAAUUCAAGACUUACACAAAUCUUAGCUGACUCUCUUGGAAGCAGCUCGAAAAUUUUGUUAGUUGUGCAUGUAAGUCCAAGUGCUUCAAAUUUGUCUAGAACUUUGUCCACACUCAGUUUUUCUUCCAGAGCAAGAAAUGCUGAACUGAGCCUUGGAAAUCGUGAUACUAUCAAGAAAUGGAGAGACGUGGCAAAUGAUUCGCGUAAAGAAUUGCAUGAGAAAGAAAAGGAGGUUUCAGACUUGAGGCAAGAAGUUUUGGGGUUAAAACUUUCUCUCAAAGAGUCAAACGACCAAUGCACACUGCUCUUGAAUGAAGUAGAGAAGGCCUCGGGAGUAUCUUCUACACUGCAAAAUGAUCUGAAGUCUGAAAAUUUAAUGCUCGCUGACAAGCACAAGAUUGAGAAAGAGCAGAAUAAUCAGCUAAGGGACCAGAUUUCCCGUCUCCUGGAAGCUGAACAAGAGCAGAAAAUGAAGAUGCGUGAGCGUGAUUUAACAAUUCAAUCGCUACAGGCAAAACUUAAGUCUAUUGAGUCUCAGCUUAAUGAGGCUCUGAACUCUAGCGAUGCUAGAUCAACAGUUGGGUCUGAAUCUGCUUCGGUCAUUUCAACCCCAAAGAUGACAGAAUCAACUGCUGAUUCAUCGUCAGUGACCAAAAGGCUUGAAGAAGAGCUGGCAAAGAGGGAUGCCCUUAUCGAGAAACUGCAUGAGGAGAAUGAGAAGCUCUUCGACAGACUUACAGAGAAAUCAGGAUUAGCAAGCUCUCCUCAGGCUCCAAGUCCAUCUUCGAACCAAACUACUAAUGCUCAGGGAAGGGAUAUAGGAAGGAGCAAUAGUGCCAGAACUCAAUCACCAGAUGUAUUUCCACCAAGACAGUCUCAGGACAAAACUGGGAACAGUGGAGCUAUCGUGAAAUCAAGCAACGAGUUAGCAAAAACUACACCUGCUGGGGAGUACCUUACAUCCGCACUGGCGGAUUUUGAUCCUAAUCACUUUGAGGGAUUUGCUGCAAUAGCUGAUGGUGCAAAUAAGCUUUUGAUGCUGGUGUUGGCUGCAGUUAUCAAAGCGGGUGCUGCUAGGGAGCAUGAGAUACUUGCUGAGAUACGAGAUGCUGUCUUCUCGUUCAUUCGCAAGAUGGAACCAAGAAAAGUUAUGGAUACCAUGCUGGUUUCAAGGGUCAGGAUAUUAUACAUUAGAUCUUUGCUUGCUAGGUCCCCUGAACUUCAAUCCAUCAAGGUUUCUCCAAUAGAACGUUUUUUGGAGAAAUCAAGUACUGGUCGGAGCAGAAGUUCUAGCAGGGGAAGUAGUCCUGGCAGGUCUCCCGGCUACCACCAUGAUCAUGGUCGAAUUGCCCUAAUUGAUGAAAAUGUCCAUGGUUUCAAGGUUAACAUUAAACAGGAAAAGAAAUCAAAAUUCUCCUCGAUUGUUCUGAAACUUCGUGGGAUUGAGGAGGAGACCUGGAGACAACAUGUCACUGGAGGAAAGCUUCGGGAAAUUACUGAGGAAGCGAAGGCCUUUGCAAUUGGAAACAAGGCCUUAGCUGCUCUCUUUGUUCACACACCAGCUGGUGAAUUACAACGUCAAAUACGAGCAUGGCUUGCAGAGAACUUUGACUUUCUAUCUGUAACUGGUGGAGAUGUUGCUGGAGGAACUGCAGGGCAGCUUGAAUUGUUAUCUACUGCUAUUAUGGAUGGAUGGAUGGCUGGCCUUGGUACAGCGCAUCCCCCAAGCACUGAUGCUUUAGGCCAGUUGUUAUCUGAAUACGCCAAGCGUGUUUACACAUCACAGUUACAACAUUUGAAGGACAUAGCUGGCACAUUGUCAACAGAGGAGGCUGACGAUCCUGUUCAUGUCAGUAAGCUACGCUCUGCUCUGGAGUCUGUCGAUCAUAAAAGAAGAAAGAUCAUGCAACAAAUGCGUACUGAUACUGCCUUGUUAACCAAAGAAGAAGGUGGUUCACCUAUCCGAAAUCCUCCAACUGCUGCUGAAGAUGCACGAUUAGCAUCUCUCAUAUCUUUAGACAACAUCUUAAAGCAAGUCAAGGAAGUAAUGAAACAAAGCUCUUCAAGACCAUUGCGAACAUCCAAAAAGAAAGCAUUGCUAGAAUCAUUGGAUAACCUCUUGGCACAGAUGCCUUCCCUUCUUGACAUUGAUCAUCCAUGUGCUCAGAAGCAGAUCAUGGAGGCACGGAGCACUGUAGAGUCACUCCAAGAAGAUCCCGAUGAUCCUGCAACUGAUCCUAACUCGAAUUUCAACACGCUGGGAGAGAGCGAAGUUUCACAGUGGAACGUGCUGCAGUUUAACACGGGAACAACAGCACCUUUCAUCAUAAAAUGUGGAGCAAAUUCGAGUUGCGAACUGGUCAUCAAGGCUGAUCAAAAAGUUCAGGAACCUAAAGGCGGUGAGGUCAUCCGUGUUGUUCCAAGACCAUCUGUUCUCGCAGAGAUGGGCUUUGAGGAAAUGAAAGGUUUGUUUGAGCAAUUGCCAGAAGCAGUCAGCUUGCUUGCUCUGGCACGAUCCGCCGAUGGUACAAGAGCCAGGUAUUCUAGACUGUACAGAACUUUAGCUAGCAAAGUACCUGCCUUAAAAGAAAUUGUUGCGGAGAUGGAGAGAGGUGGUGUUUUCAAGGAUGUCAGAUCAUAGUGUUAGUUCAAUUGUAGAGUAAUAUAUGUUGUUGUAUAUGGAUGCCAUUCGAGGGCAUCCCAUGUAACCUUUUUCUGUUUACACCAUGAGCAAGCCUAUGUUGUAACAUUGAUUUGGGUAAAGGCAGUGCAUCUUGUCUCUCUGCCUGCCACCCUAUCGACGGUCAAUUAUUGAGAAUACAAGGCUGUUGUAGUUGAGUAGUUCAUGGAUGUCCUUGUAAUGUUAACAGUUUUGGCUGUCAGGCAGUUAAGCCAUAUACUAUUACAAGGCAUUGCUUUGACAGUUUGAUAAGGAAAUUGAACACACUACGCACCAUUUGACCACUUCA